AUGUCGUCUUCACAUACAAUUCAAGAAACUAAAGAAGUACAUACAAAAACCAAUAAAAGAAUUCAGUGGGAUGAUUUAGAUCCAAAAAGGUAUUAUUUUUAUAAUUUUUUAUUAGGUGGUAGUAUUGAUCUACUUAUGUUUCCAUUAGAUGUUAUUAGAACUAGAUUACAAGUACAAGGAUCACAAAAUGUAAUACAAUCAUUUCCACAGUAUAAUGGAACAUUUGAUGGAUUUAAAAAAUUAAUAAGAUUAGAAGGUAAAAGAGCUUUAUAUAAAGGUUUUUUAACUUCUGAAUGUGGUUAUCUUUGUAGUCGUGCAAUUUAUUUUGGUUCAUAUGAAUUUGUGAAACAAGGAUUUUUAAAAGGAAGAUCUGAUUCUGAUUCUGAUCUAUUAUUUGUUACAACGAUUUCAGGAGCAAUUUCAGAAGCAUUGGCAUCUGUAAUUUGGGUACCAUUUGAUGUUGCAACACAAUCAGUACAAAUUCAAGGAUCAUUAAGUAAACCAAAAUAUAAAGGUGGUUCAGAUGUAUUUAAAAAGAUAUAUGGUGAAAGAGGAAUUAAAGGAUUAUAUAAAGGAUUUGGCGCAACUAUAAUUAGAAAUGUACCAUAUUCUGGUAUUUGGUGGGGUACUUAUGAAAUAUCGAAAUCGAAACUUACCCAAUUUAACAUUAGACAAAAGUUAGGUUUAAAAGAACGUUCAUCUCAUUCAUUAGCAGUUUCAGCGGAAAUUGAUAAAAAUAAUCCAUCACAUGAGGUGGAGAAUGAAGAUCCAAUCAUUCAUUUUAUAUCUGGUUUCUUUGCUGCUGUAUUUGCAACCUCAAUUACUAAUCCAUUGGAUGUAGCAAAAACUCGUUUACAAACUGGUGUUUUCCCUGAAAAUGAAAAACCAAAUUUUUAUACUAUUAUUAAAAGUACAAUUAGAAAAGAAGGUAUUAGAGCCCUAUGGAAAGGUUUAGUACCAUCUUUAUUAACUUCAACUCCAUAUUCAAUGAUUUCAAUUUUCCUUUAUGAAGAAGUAAAAAAAUUAUCUUUAAAAUAA